AUGGUGGCAAAAGAAUUCCAAGCUUCAUCUCCACCCAAUAUUACUUCAAAGAACUCACAUGUGGGUAGCAUCCCUACUUGGUUGUUCUUUAAUGUUUCUUCAAUUUUGAGUUUAAAUAACAAUAACUUCACUGGUCCAUUCCCUCAGCUUGAUGGUAACAGAAUUGGCCUGCUUGCUUCACUUGACAUUUUCAAAAAUUUCUUUUAUGGGCCAUUCCCCACAAACCUGCACAGAAAUUUUGCCAAUUUGGUAACAUUUUUAGCAUACAAUGCUUACUUUGAAGGCCUCAUCCCUCCAUCCUAUGGAGAAAUGGAUCAACUACAGCAUUUUGAUCUGUCUGACAAUUUCUUACAUGGAGAGAUUCCAUACAGUUUAGCAAGAAACGCCACCAGGUUGGAGUACUUGGACUUGUCAAAUGACAGCUUGCAAGGUCAAAUUCCUUUAGAAAUUGGAGAUCUUAGAUACCUCCAAUCACUGAACAUGUCACCUAACCUUCUUACAGGUCAUAUUCCUGCCUCCUUGGCUAACAUGUUUGUGUUAGAGAACUUAGAUCUUUCCCACAACAAGCUAGCAAGGAAAAUUCCGCCUGAGAUGAUGCAAUCGAUCUCUCUCUCAACAUUUACUGUUGCCUUCAAUAUUCUAUCAGGAAAGGUUCCAUGGAAAGGACUACCAUUUGAAGCAUUGGAUGAAAGUAGCUAUGAGGGCAAUACAAGACACUGGAGAACCAUUAUAAACAAGCUGCAAUGA